AUGAGUACGAACAUAGAGGCUGAGGUAUUACAAGCGCUUAAGACACUGCAGAAACACAACUUUCGAGAGUCCGAAGCGGCGUUAAAAAAAGAGGCUGGUUUGACGGACAGUGGCGUUGCGGACGAGUUUUUGGAGUUUAAGGCGGAUUCCCCUGAUGACCCACAGUCUUUCGCUUCUGCAUAUGAACAAGUUUUGAAAUUUAUUGAUGGAUGUACUUACCAACACAGGCUCGAACUAUCGGGUCUUCUUUAUCCCAUAUUUGUCCAACUGUACAUGCGUCUUGUAAGUGGGAACUAUUCUUCUGAAGCUGCUGACUUAAUGGCGAAGUAUAGACGAUUCCAGGAAGAUUUUUAUCAGGAAGACAUUCAGGCUCUUGCUAGCAUUACCGAACCGAAUCAUCUCUUCACAAACCCAAUAGUUGAGACAUUUCGUGGUUCGGACUUUUCCAUCAGCAUUGCUUCGUUAUCAUUCGCUUUGUUUCGUCGUUUUGUUCGUGAAAAGGGACUUGCUGUGAUUCAAAGUAUUAUCAAGGAUCAGCUACACAUUGAGGUUGUUGAUGGACCUCCACGAUCGAAAAUACAACUAUGCUGUCGUCGUGGAGCCAUUUUUGGGGAAUCACGACGCGAUGCUAACUCGGAGGUUAUUUUGUAUGGCCUUUUGAGGGAUCCUAAUGUUGAAUUGGAUCCAUCUGAAGUGAGCGAUCCAAUCACUGGCAGUCAAGAUGCUGAUUCCGAAUUGACUCCAUCUAAGAAGAAAAAGAGGAAGGAUAACAAUUCAUUCGGUCAUAAGCCUUCGAAGUACGAUGAUUCAAAGACGCACCCAAAAUCACCGGCGCUAGACAGAAUUCCCAUUCCUAGGGUAUCUGAUACGUACUUGGAUCAGCGCAGAACACUCCGUCAAGAAACGGCACAGAUAUUGAGGAGCCUUUUACAGAGGGAUGCCAACCCGCGCCCCUCAGCACUCCUCUACACGGUGUGCAAUGCACAGCCGGGCGAGUCGGCGCUGGCCAUUCGGCGGGGUGGUGUACCUUGCAUGACCUUUUCGGAGGACCUCGGCAUGCUAGCCGCGGGAUUGGGCUCUGGUCGUAUUCGCGUCUGGGCUCUCGGUGCCGAGUCUCUGCGUCAGAUGCUCCCACCUGACAAACUCGAAGCUCUCGAUAUGAAUGAUGCCAGAAUUAAGAGCAAGAUGCUCCACGAUGGGAACGGGUCAGUGGCUGACGCCUUUGCCAUGGUUGCUGUUGCCAAAAUGAAGCAUCUCACAUGUCACAUCUUUCAUGCCCACAGUGAAGCUCAGCCAUCCCGUGAUCUGAUUGGCCAUCAAUUGACUGUACACGGAGUGGCUUUUUCGCCCGACGGUCAACUGAUUGCCUCCACGAGUGCGGAUGGGUCGCUACGUCUCUGGUCUACCACUAUUUGGGGAGGUGCACUCUCUGUAUGGCGUGAUCACGUCUUACCCAUCUGGUGUGUGGAUUGGGCUCCAGCUUAUGGGCACUAUAUAGCUACAGGCAGCUCCGAUCGGACUGCACGACUUUACGCAUGUGAUCACGCACCUCAACCGUUGCGCAUUUUCACCGGUCACAAGGCCGAUGUGACUGCGGUUGCUUUCCAUCCAAACAUCAACUAUUUGGCCACUGGGAGUGCGGACAGGGCUGUCCGACUCUUUGAUGUCCGCUCCGGAAAGGGUGGCUCCGUCCAGUGCUUGGCCUUCUCGCCUUGCGGUCGAUACCUUGCCUCAGGUGGCUGGUGUGGAGCCACGUGCCUGUGGGACUUAGGGAGCGGAGCGCAGAUUGGUCAGCUUGGGGGAUACAGCUCUGCAGGUGGCUGUCCAAAAAAUGCCACCACUGUAGCUGCUGGCUCUGAUGACGAGAUUACGACUGACCAGCUGCUCACGGCGCCGGUGGUAAGCCUGGCCUUCUGCCCUGAUGGUGGCCGUUUAGCCACGGGAGGCCUAGAGGGGGCCCUGCGGGUGUGGAACGUCGGCAUGAGUAGGAUGGCGCGGGGAGCAGUGGAGGGCGACGGUGCCGCUUCCCUCCUCAGUGUGCACAGCGCCUCGCGAGAGGACUCACGUGCUGUUGGAGGUGCCGUGGGACGGGUGGAGGAGUCCGAUCCCUACUAUGGUGUGGUGGGGGGCUACGAAGUCUCUCGCGGCUGCCUUCAAGACGCCUUCUUCACGCGCAAGACCGCCAUUUUGGCUGUGCGGAGGCUUCUGCAUAGGAAGGGUCGUCAGUAA